AUGCCGAAGGACAACAACGGCGACGAGAUCGUGUUCAGAUCCAUCCUGGACAUGGUGGAGGACUCUCAACCGAUCUUUGGACCGCGUACCAGACCUCCUGAUUCGGUGUGGGUGGGGACUUCAUACGGUGUCGUCGGACAGGCAGUUCCAGCCGGCAGUCAUGCGCAAUUAGAAGGGAUCCAGAUGCCCAGGAAAGACGCAGUGAGGUUGAAACAACAUGGAGAGAAAAGAGUAAUGCCAGCGGCGCCCUCGCUGUUGGAGUCGGUAACCCCUCGCCGCCGAAUGCCAUUAUUCGGGUCAAUGUCUCCCUCACCUCACGAGUCAUCAAGCCAAGCACUCAGCGGCAAUAUCAGUCCUGUCACCUCAGAUAAUCCGAUCACCCCCAGCCCAGCGUCCCCGAUAGUGGCCUCGAAUCGACAACAACCGAUCACAUUCCCACUCACUCCGCCGUCAACAAACGAACACCCCGGGGUAGUGGCCCCGUCGAAACUGUCCACCAUCAAGGAAUGUGACACCGAGGAUGAGCGAACGCCGCCACGAGGACGUGGAAUCAGCAGCCUGAUCAGCAAGACCGCAUUGACACCAACCCCAAAUGCAACCCCAAUCGAGGUCAUGCUGGGACGCAAAGAGAAGGCGAGGCUCUCCCUCCACAAAGAGAGCUUGACUCAGGCGAGGUCGAGGCAGGCGGAUAAAACCAAGGGAAGUACGGAGGUGGCAGAUUAG